AGCAUCUAUAGUUUGUGUUGAAUUAUUCAAGAAAAGGGAGCUUAAAAACGCAAUCAUUCUUUAGCGUCACAUUGAAAGUUAACUGACCUAAGGUCUAAGGUCUUCUACAUAUUUAAGUAAAUGCAUUAAAACAAAUGCAUUUUGUGGUACUUUAUGUUAUUAUUACAGCUAAGUGGGUGUGAAAUUGACAUUUUACGCUAUUUAUAAACCAGACAAGUGGAAUUAGCCUCCGUGUCUGAAAAAUCAAUAACAACCGCCAUGAUUCACCCAACCACUGUAUUUCGUGUGGUCAGAACCACCCUCCCAUUCGUCUUCAGCCUCUCGUGCCCCUUCUUCCCGUAAAUAACAGUUCAAACGCACAAUGCGCCCUGGACCGGUUUUUUAUGUCUCACAACUUCAGCGCGUUUUCAUUGGUCCCUGGAGGAUGCAGCUGCAGCUCAUUGGAGGAAAGUUACACCUCGACUCCACACACCCCCACCUCUCAGAUAUGUGCGAUCCGUGGUACUGUGAUUCCAGUUGUUUUCACAUCCCCUCAGAAACAAAGACGCGCCGAGCGGCUGUCGCUUACACUUCAGAAUAGAAGCGGCGAGUGAUGCGCAACUGCAUCUGCAAAUCAAGGCUAGAACGGCGAACCCGAACAUAGGAGGAACGAUACAACUAGUUCUUCUGGAGAAAACCUACUGGAGAGUUCAAAAAGUUUCAGACAGACCCGACUGAACGCAACGAGCGAAAAUGGUGUCGGCGGCGUUAGAGCUCCUGGGACUGUCACUGUGCGUGAUUGGCUCGCUCCUGGUGAUGGUCGCGUGCGGGCUUCCCAUGUGGAAGGUAACGGCAUUCAUCGAGGCCAAUAUCGUGGUGGCUCAGACCAUCUGGGACGGCUUGUGGAUGUCGUGCGUGGUGCAAAGCACGGGCCAGAUGCAGUGCAAGGUGCACGACUCCGUCCUCGCCCUCAGCCACGAUCUGCAGGCGGCCAGAGCGCUCACCAUCAUCUCCUGCGUAAUGGGCGUGCUGGGACUGAUGGUGGUCAUCGCUGGGGCGCAGUGCACCAACUGCAUCCGUGCGGAGACCAUCAAAGCCCGGGUGGUGAACGCUGGCGGGAUCAUCUACAUCGCCAGCGGCCUGUUUGUGUUGGUUCCUCUCUGCUGGAUGGCCAACAACAUCAUCUCGGACUUCUACAACCCGCAGGUGCCCACUGCCAAGAAGAGGGAGAUCGGCGCGGCGCUUUACAUCGGCUGGGCGGCCACCGCGCUGCUGCUGAUCGGAGGUGCGAUACUGUGCUGCUCCUGUCCCUCCAGCGGGAACUCCGGAUACUCCGUAAAUUACGCGCAAACCAAGCGAGCUACGCAGAACGGGGAGUAUGACAAGAGGAAUUAUGUGUAGCUGCGGUGCUGCGUAAAAGUGACCUGCAACUCUUUUUUUUAAAAAACUGUUUGUAUUGGUUUGUUUUUUAACGGGCGUUGUCUUUGCACCUGCAGUUUUUUACUUAGAAAUCUGACUGAACUUUGAAAAUCAAUGGAAGCACCUCUGCUGUUUUUACACCGGGCCUUCAGCACCAUCGGACCAAAAAUGUAAACAUCUUUUUGUAUCUGCAGAAGAUUCGUAAAAGACUCAAGAGGUAGCUCACAAGAAGGGGGUAUCGUUCUUAGGGUACCUGUUUGUAAGUCUUCGAAAUUAUUAUCAUUUUAAUUCUUGCUCUUGUAACUGCUAAGUUUUUCUUCUUGGAACUAUUGAAAAUACAUGCUGAUAAUGCGUUUGAAUUUUGGCUUGAUGUGCUUCACCAGCACGGAGCUGUACAGCAGCUGAGACACACCAAUUCACGGUAGUGGAACUACUGUGGGCUCUCAAUGUCCACGGCAAUAAAGAAAGCAGAGGGACGGUGGGUGGUGAAGCCCUAAUACAUCCCAGACAGGGUUCGGACAACGAUGGCGUAGACUGUGAAGUCCGCUGUCUAAUUUUGGACCUGUAGAUUCCGGAAAACCGGGGAUCGGCCGGUCGUGAUAUAAAAAAGUUACAGCUUUUGUUCUGUUGCACUGAACACCUGCAUUGUUUGUUUUUUUACUGUCACCGCAGGACGUUUCUAUUUUCAAAAAAGUUAGAAUUAAACAUGUGUUUUAUGUUUGUUGACGUUCGAUGUAAUGAUUCAUUAUUCGUGUACAUGAAGAUGCAAUAUUGUUUCCUUUUAUUAAGAUUAAAGUGAAUAUAUUGUCUGAAA